GGUGAAGAUUACAGGUCAAUUAGUGGAUUAUUUUUUAGCGAUGAUUUGAUAAUUACGUUAAUAGAUCAGUAUCUAGCAUCUAAAUUAAUUAAAUCCAUUUUUUAAAAUAAUAUAGUAAAGUUUUGUUUAAUAAUAUCAUCCAAAUUUAAAUUUUAUGUUUUUAAGUAUUUAUUUGUAUAUCUAUAAAUAUUUUAACAUGAAAUAGUUAUAAUUGUUCAAUAGAAACACUAAUUUUUUUAUUAAUUUCUUAAACUCAUCCAAAAAAAGCAAAAACAAACUGAUAUAUAUACACUAACAACUAAGAAAUCUUAUAUAUGUUAAUAUGUGUGAUAAAUAAUUAUAAAAAUUCCUUCAAAUAUUUUAAAAUAUAAUUAAAUUUAACAAUACAUAAUGUUAAAUUAAGGUUUUGACUUAAAUUAGUUUAUAUGAGAAAAAAAGACAUACUAUGGUCUGUCUCAAUAACUCUGUUGGACAACUCAAAUAAUAAAUAUUAAUAUAGGUAUGGUAUGUAAAGUGGAUUGCACGUCUCAAUUGGUGGCCACCACUUCGACUGUGGCAUGGCAUUGCAUAUAAAAUGUUGUCUUCUGAGCCUGUCUUAGCAUAGUAUUCAUCUCUUCCUGUUUUUUACACACACACAGAGAGAGAGAGAGAGAGAGAGAGAGAGAGAUGGGUCCAAUGGCAAUGAAAUUGAUGGCAGCAGCAGCAGCAGCAGCAUUAGUCCUAGUGGGAUGCACCAAUUUAGCGUUGGGUUGGAAUGGGGCUGGAGUGUUACAUGUGGCUGGCAAGGUGAUGUGCCAGGAUUGCACUAAGGGCUAUAAUGAAUGGGUCAAUGGCGAUAGACCCAUUAAAGGAAGCAAGGUAUCUCUUACAUGCAUGGAUGAAAGAAGAAGAGUAAUGUAUUAUAACAGUGAUGAGACAGAUGAGUUGGGGCAAUUUGAGAUGACAGUGAACAAAUACAUAAAUGGGAAGGAGUUGAAGGAGAAUAUGUGUUCAGUGAGAAUUGUAUCAUCUCCAGAUCCCACUUGCAAUCUUCUCACAGACUUUGGUGCUGGAAAAUCAGGCCUCAAGCUCACCCAACCCAGCUUCAUUUAUCGUGAUUUGGUUAAGUAUGUGGUCGGACCGUUUUAUUUCACAACUCCAUUGUGUGAUCAACCCGAUACUACUGAAUCUUCUGAUGAUUAUCGUGGAAAGAACUAUUGAUUUUUCUUUUUC